UUUGUGAUUGCAAUUUGUGCUUUAAUGGACAUCCAAUAUUUGGUGCAGUCUCCUGAACCUGACAACAACUUACUCACAUCUAUUGACAGAUCACUCACACUAUUUCAUGAUAAUAAAGAUGUUAUCAUGACACUAGGCACUUGGAUGGGUGUGAAGAGAGUGAUUGACAAUUGGCACAUACCCAAGCUAGAGCUCAUGCAGAGCAUUACCACUAGC